CGGCGCUGGCUGGCUUGUCGGCGGACCGAGCGAGCGAGCGCGCGCGUGUGUGUGUGUGUGUGUGUUUUGUUGCGUUCGCUGCGCAUCACCGGACGCAACAGACCCGCUUGCGCAAUUUCGGCUCAACUUUUCCGCGGAUCGCUAAACUUCGGGGGAGAGCAAAGCGAAACUUCGGGGGAGAAAAUGGGUUGCUUCGAGUGCUGCAUCAAAUGUUUAGGAGGGGUUCCCUACGCGUCCCUGGUGGCCACCAUCCUCUGCUUCUCCGGCGUCGCCCUGUUCUGCGGAUGUGGCCACGUGGCUCUCACCGGCACCGUUACCAUCCUGGAAAACCACUUCUCCAAGGUCACCAGUGACCACGCCAUGCUGACCGACAUAAUACAGCUGAUGCAGUACGUCAUCUACGGCAUUGCCUCCUUCUUCUUCCUCUACGGCAUCAUUCUGCUGGCCGAGGGUUUCUACACCACCAGUGCAGUCAAGGAGCUGCACAGCGAGUUCAAGACCACCAUCUGCGGGCGAUGCAUCAGCGGAAUGUUUGUGUUCCUGACCUACAUCCUGGGCGUGGCCUGGCUAGGUGUGUUUGGCUUCUCUGCCGUGCCAGUUUUCCUCUUCUACAACAUGUGGUCUACCUGCGCCGCCAUGAGGUCGCCCAUCGCCAACCUCACCAACAUUGACUCCAUCUGUGUGGAUGUCCGUCAGUACGGGAUUAUCCCAUGGAAUGCGACACCAGGCAAGGCUUGUGGGUCUACGCUAGGUGACAUUUGCAACACCAGUGAGUUCUACCUGUCCUACCACCUGUACAUCGUAGCAUGUGCCGGGGCAGGGGCUACUGUGAUUGCUCUGAUCCACUUCCUCAUGAUUCUCUCAGCAAACUGGGCCUACCUUAAGGACGCCAGUCACAUGCAUGCCUACCAAGACAUCAAAAUGAAGGAAGAGCAGGAGCUGCAGGACAUCACGUCACGCUCAAAGGAGUGCCUCAACUCUUACACAUAAGAAUUAUACACACACACACACACACACACACACACACACACACACUCACUCACACACAUGCAUAACACACGUGUAUAUAUACAGACGCGCUCAAACACACAGACAGUAAAGGUCAACCAGUGGCUCCCCCCUGUGGACCAAGACAACAUUCAGCUGAAGUAACCUGCCAACCAGCCUCACACUGUGCAGUACUAACCAGGCUCCUAACAAACUAAUGCGUCAGUGUUGCUUUCUGCACUAACUCACCAGGGUGUGCGUUGGGAUCUCUUCUAUGUGGUGCAUUUGUACUGUUGUUGGGGUUUUUUUUUUAUACACUUUUUUUUUUCUGGUGGUAAAAAGAAAAUCGCACAUUGAACUACGAUAUGAUUUUUUUUAAUUUUCUCUGGCCCUUUUUUUCCAGAGCCAGUUCUGCUGGCGAAGCUUGAGACGUUGCACUAUGCUUACACAAGGUGUAGGUUAUUGUUCCACUCCCGGCGGUCCUCUGGACCGCGGAGGCCAGUUUGUUUUCUUCCAAACGAGGGAAGACGUUUUGCAUGUGAAGGGAAUUUUUUUUCUUUUCUUCUUCUCCUCUCAAUCAAAAGAUGCAGUUUAACUCCCGGCACCUGACGUCCCAGCACAGUUCGGAAACGCCUUACGUACGAAACCGCAUCGAAGUUUGUGUUGUUUCUGAAUACGACACAAACCCGUAACACAAACCGCGGUCAUCGAUUUACGCCGACACAACUUGUGAGGCCAUGUGAUCGAGGGGAUGUUAACAAACGCGGGACGGCGUGGGCAACUCGUUUUACUACACGACAAAGUUACUUUUGGGGCGUCCGGGUGGCGUGGCGGUCCGUUCCGUUGCCUACCGACACGGGGAUCGAAUCCCCGUGUUACCCUCCGGCUUGGUCGGGGCGUCCUUACAGACACAAUUGGCCGGGUCUGCGGGUGGGAAACCGGAUGUGGGUUUGUGUCCUGGUCGCUACACUAGCGCCUCCUCUGGACAGUUGGGGUGCCUGUUCGGGUGGAGGAGGGGGAAUAGCGUGAUCCUCCUAUGCCGCACGUCCCCCUGGCGAAACUCCUCACCGUCGGGUGAAAAGAAGCGGCUGGCGACUCCACGUGCAUCGGAGGAGGCAUUUGGUAGUCUGCCGCCCUCCCCGGAUCGGCAGAGGGGGUGGAGCAGCGACCGGGGCGGCUCGGAAGAGCGGGCUAAUUGGCCAAGUACAAUUGGGGUGGGGGGGGGGUCCAAAAAAAAAGUUACUCUUGCCCUGGUAAAGUUAUUGCCCUCAUCCGUCGACAAAGCGUGCCCGGAUCUGUGACCUUUUGACCGGCCGGGGCUUGCACUGCUUUCUCAUUUCCACGAGGUCAGUUAAGUUUCUAGAUUAAUCUUCUCAAAUCUUUAGAAAACAGAUUCACAACAUCCACGGCCUCUGCUACCACUACCUCAGGUGUGCACUAGACUCUAGAAUUCAGUAACCGGAAACGACCACUCGCCCGCCCGCCCGCUUCUCUCCGCUACGAGCCAAGGCUCCCGGCCUUUUGACCCGUUGGCGCAUCUUAAAAAGAUGCCACGAAGAGAGAGGAGGGCGCUACUGCAGAGUUGUGUCGACAAUGGCUGUUGGACGGAUCCAAACACAGUAUUAAUGACAUUGAAAAGCAUGACGCCAUAACCUUAACUUGCUUUCUAAUUGUAGACCGCUGCCGGUUCUGAGAUAAAAGGGCGUUCGAUACCAUUCGUAAUCAAAGUAUUGACAACUGAAAUCAUCCUUUCUGUGUUUAAGGGAAUUUACCAAGAAUAUUCUCCUACGUAGAGGGCAUCCCAUCCCAUCCCUCAGAUUGUCACGUGGCCCAUUUGUGAUUUAAAACACAUGAUCCUUUCCAGAACCUGUACCAUAUGAUGGAAGUGAUGUAGGAAAAACGAUGUUCAUAUUUGUGCUUUGUUACUAUUGCAAACCCUACUAAUCAAAUACUGUUUGGAGACCGUCUUGAGUUUAGUAAUCUGUGAAUAUUAAGUCCACAUGUUGUCUGGAAGUGGAACUACAGACCAGUUUAGAUGUGAAUAAAACGUCUUAUGAGUCAGGAAUUUUAGUUUUUACUUUUAUUGUUAUUACUAUUGGUGAUAAAAAAAAACCCACUCAAAAAUGUUUUUUUUCUUAACUCCAUAAUUGCAUCUGUUUUUGAUGUGCAAUUGUUAUAAUAUUGACUUAAUUACUUGUGUAAUCUUUUUUCUGUUAGUUAAGAAUUACAGGGAUAUCUCGAUGUUUAUUUCUUUAUUGCAUGAAGAAAACUCUGCAGCGGUGUGCAGUCGUUUAUACUGACAUCCAUAAUGGGCAGCGUUUGCCUUUUUUUUUCUAACUGAACACGAAUUAAUCCAGCGUAUGACCGUAGCAGAGCUAGACGUAGAUGUUUUGUAGUUCCUCCUUUAUGCAAGUCGAGAGUAUAUGAAUCCUAAAGUAUUUUGUUACCCAAUAGUGUAUCCAUAUUUUCAAUGAGUGUCAAGGGCUUCCUUAUGAAAUGACUUGCAUAACUCUUCACAGCAGUUUGCAAAAACCACUUGUUAUUCAUGUAAUUGGAUAUGGCAAUCUGAACUGGAGAUUCAGCCAAAGUCUACGCUCCAUAUGGACGAUGUGCAUGAUGCUCCGUGCAGCAUGUCACUAAAACCCUCAUGCUGUUCCGCGUCUAAAGAACCAAAAAGUAAAAAGAAUCGAGACUACCUAUCAAUCAGCAGGAGGACAAUAAUCCAGUUUCCUUCCUGACUGGAAUCCCCUGAAUGACAUUACCCAGCCAGCCUGUCAACUUUUUUUUUUUUAACAAAAAAUAAAUAAAAAAAAUAUGA